GCAAACUGCAUCCCUGAGCGCCGCAGACAGGGCUGGCUACACGCAGGAGGAGCGCACUGAAGUUUCCCAGCUGACGCGGCGUGGAGGAGAGAUCCCGGUCCUGAUCCUGAUCCCGGUCCUGAUCCUGAUCCCGGUCCUGAGGAGGCGGGUUCCCACUGACAACUUCCAAAGGUACCUUCACAUUCACUCCUGACUCGCAGAGAAUUACAAUGGCCGACCGAUUCGACUGUGACAACUGCAAAGAAUCGCUGUACGGCCGCAAAUACAUCCAGUCAGACGACAGCCCCUACUGCAUCCCCUGUUACGACAGCCUCUUCUCAAACACGUGUGACGAGUGCAAGGAGCUGAUUGGCCACGACGCAAGGGAGCUCUUUUAUGAAGACCGGCAUUAUCAUGAGCACUGCUUCCGCUGUUUCCGCUGCGAUCGCUCGCUGGCAGACGAGCCCUUCACCAGCCAGGAUGACGCACUGCUCUGCAACGACUGCUACUGUAACGAGUUCUCGUCCAAGUGUGUAGCAUGCGACAAGAUCGUCAUGCCAGGUACGAGAAAGCUGGAGUACGCCGGCUCCACAUGGCACGAGGGCUGCUUCAUCUGUCACAGCUGUCAGCAGCCCAUUGGCUCAAAGUCCUUCAUUCCCGACAAGGAUGAGCACUACUGCGUGCCUUGCUACGAGGACAAGUUUGCUCCACGCUGCACGCGCUGUAAAAAGGCCCUGGCUAAAGGCGGCGUGACCUAUCGGGACGAGCCGUGGCAUAAGGAGUGUUUUGUGUGCACCGGCUGUAAGAUGCAGCUGGCAGGUCAGCACUUCACCUCCCGAGAAGAAAACCCGUAUUGCCUCAAGUGCUUCGGCAACUUGUACGCCAAGAAGUGUGAGGCCUGCAGCAAGCCGAUCACAGGUUUUGGAGGCGGGAAGUACAUCUCAUUUGAAGAUCGACAGUGGCAUCAGCCAUGCUUCACCUGCUCCCAGUGCUCCGUUUCACUCGUGGGCGCCGGCUUUUUCCCCAACGACGACAAAAUCCUGUGCCGCGACUGCCACACAAGCCUAUAGAGCAGUCCUCUAACGUCCUCCCACCCUUCCUUCAACACACUCUGAAAGCUUUUUAAGAAUUAUUACCAAGGAAGGUACCGCAGGCUCACAAUUCCUGCCUCAGGUGAUUUUUUUUUUUUUUUUCCCAAUAUAAAGACAUCUAUUUCUCGAUGUCUAUGUCUGUAUCAGAUUUUCAUCCAGGAGUUUGUGUUUUGCUCCUGUUUUGAUGUUGCAUUGUUUGCAUGAACCACCGCAACUUUUUUUUUCCUUCUACCAAAUUUCUUUUUUAAUGACUUUAUUCUUUUGUUUUGUUUUAAUGGAGUACCUUAAAUAAUGACUUGUUAUGUGCUGCAGAAGCAAAGAAAUGCAAAAUGCUUGUCACUUUGCAGAAAGUCUUACAUUUUAGAGACUGUACAAACUUCAACUUCAGGUAUAAGUCAGACUGAAGAGAGACACACUGAUACAGUAUAGAAUAUAAAUCUUAGUCUGUAUUUGUAAAGUAAGACACGAUAAAACUAUUGGGGAGAUUUAGUUAUCUCAGCAGCUCCACAUUGCACAAAGAUAUGAAAAGAAUUAUAUUGAUAAAUAUGAAAUAUUAUGAAUAUUUAAUAAGAAAAUUAUACCAUAAUAAGAAUUCAGUGUUUAGAAUGGUGGGAUUAAUGUUUUUAUGCUCUUAUAACUGCAGAUUUAUGCAAUUUGAAUGUGCUUUUUUCCUCACGUGUCAGUUAUCUUCUACAAUGUCUUGCUUUUUGCAUCUGGAACAAAUUACUGUAAAUAACGGCAGUAAGGUGAGACACUUUCUGUAACAUAUGGCAAAAAUUCUGAAAACGUCAAAGCAACAACCAAUAGA